AUGUAUAAUACUGGUACCGUACUGCAUUCGAGAAAAGACGCCCCUCAAGCAGCCAAUCUGGACUUUGACGCCCGCGUCCCCAUCCCCUUCAGUGUCUUCCCGUCGUCGUACCGGAGUGACGCUGCUGUCGUCUCUAAGACUACUCAAGUGCGAGUAGAGGGAGAAGAAGCCAAGUUUUCAGGUGCUUCGCGCGUCGGACGGGAAGAUACUCGAUACGAAGGCCCGCUCCCAGACCCAAGAACCUCGACUUCUUCAGCUUCUGCUUCGUUUGACCAGAGAUUCGACAACGAGGAGUUCCGUCCAGUCACCGAGUACAAACACACCACUGUUGUAGCUCACGAGGAAAGCCCCCGUCACCACCACGAGCCACGCCACCACCCAGAGGUUCAGCUCUCCCGUGAAAGAUACUACGAGACCAGAGAUCGUCGAGAGACUGAACUUGAUACCCAGCUUGACAUCACUGAACGCCAGUACCGUGCCCGUACCGAUCCUCACUACCAAACCCAGUACGAACCUGAGCCCCGUCAAGUUCGUGAGGUAGACGUUGGUUACAGCAACACCCGCACCUUCAACUCCGUUGACACCGCCAGACCAACCGAGAAGGUUCGUGAAGUCGACGUUGCCUACAGCCGAGCCUACGAGACCGUCGACUCAGCCCGUCCCCCUGUUGAAGUCCGUGAUAUCGAUUGUCAACAGGAACAGUCCAAGCAGUCAGCUACCCUCAACCUCAUCUCCGAUCACAAGGUAGUUCAGGAGAAAGACCCCAAAGCCAAAAUGGGUUACUACGACGACGAAGGUCAGUACCACUCCUUCCGCCGUGGAGUCGAGCGUGCUGCCGAGCGCGUGCUACACCCAUUCCAUCACCACCGCCACCACCAUGGCCACAGCCACACCCACGAAGAUGGAAUCAUUUCUGACGAGCGCCGCGUCGUUGUUGAAGGUUCCACCCGUGAGAGCGUUCGCAUUGUCCAGCCCCGCGGUGGACACCCACCAGACACCAUCACCAUUCCAUGCCACUUCAUCCGUAUUGGUGAUCUCUUGAUCCUCCAGGGCCGCCCUUGCCAGGUCAUCCGUGUCUCCGUUUCCCAGCAGACCGGCCAGCACCGCUACCUCGGAGUUGACCUCUUCACCCGCCAACUCCACGAAGAGUCCAGCUUCAUCUCCAACCCAUCCCCAUCUGUCGUCGUCCAGAGCAUGCUCGGGCCCGUCUACAAGACCUACCGUGUUCUUGACAUGCGCGACGACAACCGCCUCGUCGCCAUGACCGAGACCGGUGACGUCAAGCAGGGCCUCCGUGUCGUUGACCAGGGCAACCUCUUCAACCGCAUCGCCGAUGCCUUUGCCGAGGGCCGUGGCUCCGUCCGUGCCCUUGUCAUCAACGAUGGCGGUCGUGAGCUCGUCGUUGACUACAAGGUCAUCCACGGUUCCAGACUCUAG